GUCUUACCUCUAUGGUUUUAAAUCACGGGAAUUUUAGCCGGCGGCAAAUGCAACUGACGUUUGUCAAAACGAAGGAAUUUGACGUUUCAUUGUUAAAAUCAGUUUAAUUAGCACUGAAAAGCCGUUUUUUAGUACAGUGCGUAGGAAAAAUGGCCGAAACAGCUUUGAGUUUGGAAAAUUUGGAAAAAUUCAAGAAGGAGUUUUAUUCCAACGAUAAAAAUGUUUUGGCGCAAAAUGUAUGCUCCAGAGUGGAUCCUUUCGAUGUUUCACUGUCUAGAAAGGUUUUAGAGGAAACUCAGCAUGUUUUUAGCAAUAAAAUUGAAUCUGAAGGAAAACCUAUGACAAAUCAGAAAAGUUCAGGCCGAUGCUGGAUUUUCGCUGCCCUAAACGUCAUCCGGUUACCCUUCAUGAAGCAUCACCAAAUUGAAGACUUCGAAUUCAGCCAGGGUUACCUAUUUUUUUGGGAUAAAAUAGAGAGGUGCAAUUUUUUUCUCAACAACAUCGUCAAAACAGCUCGCCGAGCUGAACCGGUAGAUGGCAGGCUUGUUUCGUUUCUUUUAUCCUCCGAUUUGGUGUCGGACGGAGGGCAAUGGGACAUGAUCGUCAACGUCAUCAAAAAAUACGGCUUGAUGCCCAAGAAAAACUUCCCAGAGUCGUUUUCAUGCGAGUCCAGCAUGAGAAUGAACGCCAUCUUGAAAAGCAAGCUUAGGGAGUACGCCAAAAUUUUACGCGAGUUAGUUUGCAAAGGAGGUAGCGAUGCGGAUGUAAACGCCUUGAUAAAAGAACAAAUGUCGAAUAUUUAUCGCAUCGUUGCCAUAUGUAUGGGGAUUCCCAGCGAGAAAUUCACGUGGAAUUAUUACGACAAAAAUAAGGUGUAUCAUACUGUGGGGCCCAUAACUCCUGUGGAGUUCUACGAAGAGCAUGUUAAGGCCCACUUUAACGUGGACGAAAAGGUUUGCUUGGUGACAGAUCCAAGGCCAACCAACGAGUAUGGAAAAGCUUACACCGUCGAUUGUUUGGGGAAUGUAGUGGGGGGUAGAAAUUGCAUUUACAACAACCAACCAGUGGAUUUGUUGUUGGACCUAACCUCAAAAAGCAUUUCGGACGGUGAGGCGGUUUGGUUUGGGUGCGAAGUGUCAAAAAGAUUUGCAUCUAAACAAGGAAUACAAGAUUGUAAGGUACAUGAUUUCAAUCUAGUUUUUGGGGUUGACAUUCAAACCACCCUAUCUAAAGCUGAUAGGUUGUAUUAUGGGGAAAGUUCCAUGACUCAUGCCAUGGUUUUUACCGCUGUAAACAAAGAUGAAAAUGGUGUAGUUAACAAACUGAGGGUUGAAAAUUCCUGGGGCGAAGAUAGGGGCGAAAAAGGUUACUUAAUAAUGACGUCAGAAUGGUUCAAAGAAUUCACUUUUGAAGUUGUUGUUGAUAAAAAAUACGUCCCAGAGGAUGUUUUAAAAGUCUUCCAACAAGAUCCCAUUGUUCUACCUGCAUGGGACCCUAUGGGCACUUUAGCCCAAUAAAAAAUAAUUUUAUAAUAAAAAAAACAAAUUACAAAUUCAAUAUAUGCCUUUAUUAACAAUAUUUCCUACUAUUAACAACCAUAUGAUGUGUAACAUACAUUUUUGCAGAUUAUUAUUAAUAAAUAUGUAACAGUUUUAUAUUUUGUG